AGUCCACGAGUCAUAAAAGAGCCAAGGUUGCCUACCCCUGAACUAGAGCAACUGCCUCUCAGGAAAAACUAAAGUGGGUAGCUAGCUACCUGGCUUAUUUGUUUGUUAUUUUGUCAGGAAUGAAUCUUAUGAAACACAUAUAUAUAUAGAAUUAGUGUCAGACCUCCUCCAUUAAAAAAGAUGGGAGUGAGAUAAUCCUUUUAGAAUGCAGUAAUUAAUAUCCCUCUGUCAGCAAUUGUGGAAUUUGUAGGAGAUUAGUUCAUGGAACCUAAUAAGAAAUGAAUGCAACUUCCCUGUAAGGGGAAACCUACACAGGAGAAUAGUGAGGCAAGUUUGGCUGUGACUUAUCAAUAGAAAUCUUGAUUUGGGUAUUCCAGAGUUUUAUUUUUAUAUACAACCCAUUAGCCUUUGAGAGAGCAUUGAUGAAAGAAACUGUAAAGUGUUAGUUUUGCUUCUGCUCCUUGGGACUUAAAAAUUAUAUUUUUGACUAAAUACAAUCCAUUGGAGCCUUCGCUGGCUUGUUCUCUUCUUCUACUAAUUUUUAUACAUGUCUUCUUCCUCUUCUCAGAUGACAAAGGCAUUCAUAUUAUCUUCCAUUAAUAUCAAGUAGCCUGAGAAAAUCUGCUGCAAAGGCAACUGGUUAAUUCCUAAUAGCAGUUUAUUAGCAUUGAUUGUGGAUUCAUUGUCUGGGGCAACAAUAGAUGAGUUAUUUAUAACCGUAACUUGAUUCUGACAAAGGCUUGUUUUUUUAGCAGUCAUGUACUUCCUGUAAAGUCUUUAAACUUGUGAUUGCUGUUAACCUACACAAGCACACCACACAAGACUUGAAAUGGAAAUGCUGAUGCACUGGGAUUAGCAGAUCCAAAGCUGUGCUACAUUCUGGAUGGGAUCCUUUUAAUAUAUGCUAUCAUCAUCACAGCCCUUUUCAUGAAAGUAAAGCUAAGCAAUCGCUCUACUGAAUCCAAGCCUUCUCAAAAUGCAAAUGAUAUAUAUAAUAAACUAUCUACCGGACACAGAGAUGAAUAUGAUUCUCUGGCAGUAAAAAAAACAGAAACAGAUCUUGAAAUGGCUGUGGAAAACCAGCGCAGAAGAAAGAAACCUCAGGACAAAGUUUACACUUCCCUACAGCGGGAUAAGAUGGGUGAAGCAUACAGUGAAAUUGGAAAGAAAGGAGAGAGACAUUGUGGCAAAGGCAAUGAUAUUCUUUAUCAGGGCCUCAGCCAAGCAACAAAGGACACAUACAAUGUCCUUCAAAUGAAGCCAAUGCAUUCUCAUUAGUUACAACUGGAAGGAGGAAAAAACAUUCCUUAUGGUGGAAUGGUAGCAACUAAAGAGGACAGUUCAUUUCAGCAAAGCCAUUGCCUUGUUUGAAGAAUGCUAUUGUACAGUCAGCAAAACCCAUAUUUCCAAAUAACAUCCUAGGUUUUUUUAAAAAAAAUGUACAUAUGUUUAAAGAUUCUGCUUAAUGUAUAGUUGCUCAUGUUUAGGAGCAGAAGUUGAGACUGCUAUUCACUGCGUAGUUAAAUAAGAAAAACUAUUUUUCUUCCUUAGGUGAAAGAUAACCAACAUAUUUUCUUUCCCUAUAGAUGUUUUGUAAGGUAUUUUUAAUUGAAGAUAGCUGGGGAACUUUUGGGGGAAAGGGGAGGGGAAGAGAAUAUAGUCUGGAACCUUUUAUCACUCUCCAGGAAUUUGGAUUACUGUACAAUCUAUCAGUCAUACCAGCAAGGCUGGUGGCAAAGGAUGACAAAAAUUGUCAUUUUUUUAAAAUUGAUAACUCUCAAAUCAUUAAAUAGUUCAGAACUUAACCGAAGGUAGAUAUCUUUUUAUAUUGAAGAUGAUGGUACUUUGAAUUGCAGUGUAUGAGAAAAUAGAAAGUUCUGUUCAUGAGCUUGGAUCAUUAUCCACAAAAUGUAAUUUUCUUUAGCAUCAAAAAUAGCCUUUACUAUUACCGGCGUAUAAGACGACUUCCGUAUAUGCCGGCGUAUAAGACGACUUCCAUGAGUGCUGAAAUCUGCGCCAAAGACAGGGAUCGUCUUAUACACCGGAAAUACUGGUAGUUUCUGGCGUAUAAGAUGACGUUCUAGGAAUGCGGCCCGGCUAUAAAGACGGGGGUUGUCUUAUACGCCGGGUCGCCUAAUACGCCGGCAUAUACAGUAUGUUUGGAUGAAGUCUGCAAGUAAAAUAAAACAAAAACAAAAAAACUGGACACAGAACUAGCCCAUUUAAUAAAGCAACAAAACUAGUUUUGGCUUAGAACUACUGUACUUCUGUCAAAGAACAAAAGUCUUACUUUUGAAUAGUUAAAAUAUAUUGGAUGUCACUAAACAGUAAUCAUAAAAAUACUCUUGUGCUAUGAAGAAGUGGACCAGUACAGUUUAUGCCUGUCUUUGCAUGAUUAAAAUAAUGGAUAAGUA